GGACGGGCGGGCGGGGGGCGAGCUGGCUGUGCCGCCUCCCCUUUGGCCCUGGCCGGGUGCCCGCAGCUGGCCAGCCAGAGGGAGGGGGUGGCAGCCCCAGAGCCUGGGGGUCCUGACGCCGCGCCUGACCCGUCUGCACUGGGCCUCUGCUCAGGGAGUGCCUUGCUAGUCUCAGGGGCUGGCUGUGGUGGUGGCUCCGCCGGGAGCAGAAGGCCUUCUGCUUAUGGGCAGGAGCACCCUCUUUACACCUGCCACGCUGUGCCUGGCCUUUGGCCUAGGGAGCGGGAAGGCCUGGGCCUUGGGCCCCUCAAGCAGCCAAGGGCCAGGCAAGAGGGUGCUGCUGCCGCCUCUCUGCUCCUUGCCGUUUCUUCAUGACAUUCCACUCUUGGCCUUGUGGCAGGCUGUUCCAUGGGGUGAAACCGUCUCCCACUCUGCCCUGUAUUCUAGAUUUUCUCUGCCUCCCACAGACUAGAGGUCCUUUCUCAGGACAAAUUUGGUUUGUAACUCUUGCACUUUGGACACCAGGCCUAGGCGAGGAUUUCUACCGGGAAGCCAUUGAACACUGCCGCAGCUACAAUGCCAGACUGUGUGCUGAACGCAGCAUGCGCCUGCCUUUCCUGGACUCGCAGACAGGGGUUGCCCAGAAUAAUUGCUACAUCUGGAUGGAGAAGACGCAUCGGGGCCCAGGCCUGGCUCCGGGCCAGAUCUACACCUACCCGGCUCGCUGCUGGCGCAAGAAGCGGCGGCUGAACAUCCUGGAGGACCCUCGGCUGCGGCCCUGCGAAUUCAAGAUUGACUGCGAGCCCCCCCUGAAGAAGGAGGGGGGGCUGCCCGAGGGACCCGUGCUGGAGGCCUUGCUGUGUGCCGAGACCGGGGACAAGAAGCCCGAGCUGAAGGAGGAAGAGCUGGCCUUGGAUUGCCCGAAGGCACCGAUGGGGGAGUUUCUGCACGACCUGGACGCGGAGGAGCUGGAGGACGACGUCCCCCGCCGGAAGAACAAGGCCAAGAGCAAGGCGUACGGGAUUGGGGGUCUGCGCAAGAGGCAGGAGGCAGCAUUGUUGGAGGACCGUGACAAGCCCUACGUGUGCGACAUCUGUGGCAAGCGCUACAAGAACCGCCCGGGGCUCAGCUACCACUACACGCACACGCACCUGGCCGAGGAGGAAGGCGAGGAGGGCCCCGAACGCCACACUCUGCCCUUCCACCGCAAGAAUAACCACAAACAGUUUUACAAAGAGCUCAACUGGGUCCCUGAGAACCAGCGCAGGCAUACAGCUAAGAAAGCUCCGGACGGCACAGUCAUACCAAACGGUUAUUGUGAUUUCUGUCUAGGCGGCUCCAAGAAGACCGGCUGCCCUGAGGAUCUCAUCUCCUGCGCGGAUUGUGGCCGUUCAGGGCACCCCUCCUGCCUGCAGUUCACUGUCAACAUGACAGCUGCUGUCCGCACGUACCGGUGGCAGUGCAUCGAGUGCAAGAGCUGCAGCCUGUGUGGAACCUCGGAGAACGAUGACCAGCUGCUCUUCUGCGACGACUGUGACCGCGGCUACCACAUGUACUGCCUGAGCCCCCCCAUGGCCGAGCCCCCUGAAGGAAGCUGGAGCUGCCACCUGUGCCUGCGGCAGUUGAAGGAGAAGGCUUCGGCGUACAUCACCCUGACCUAGGCAGGCACCUCGGGCCUCCCCAGCCCCCCUCCAGCUUCCCAGCCCCACCCCAGCCUCCUGCCUGGUGGUCUCCAAGAGCUCGGCCUUGCCCAGGCUGCCUGCAGGCCCCUUGGCCUUGGAGGACUGUUUUCCACUUCGCUGCCCAGGUCAGGCGGGCUGGGACCCCCCCUUCCCCCCAGUGGGUGGGAAGAACAAGCUCUUUCAGUAGGACCCCCUUCCCCAGUGCAGCAGUGGGGAGCCAAUCCUACACCCCCCCCCCCGCUGUAUGGCUCUUCCCCAGAGAGCCAAAAUGUGACUCAAAGCCAUAAAGGGGCCGCCGGGGCAGUGACUUAAGGCAGUGUACCCUCUGCUGUGUGCGGAGGGACACCCCCCCACCCCGCAAAAUGCAUGUGACGUUUCAGUGGGUUUGUCGUCUCUGGUUUUCCUCCUGCCAGCGGAGCACCACCCAGCUCCUCGGAGGGCGGGAUCCCAAGCGCCCCCUUCUCCCCCCCCAUGGGCGAUGGUGCAAGCUGGAGCCCCUCCCCCUUUCCAUAAGCAAGCAGGGGUGGGGGCCGAAUUUCCUGGGGAGCUAAACUGAGGGGGGGGGAGAAGAGGUGCUGAGUGGGCGUAGUGCAGCUGGAGAGCUCUGGGGAGGCCGCUCUGUGGCCCCAUCUGCCUGGCCCUACGGAGGGAACGGGGGGCAGGAGGAGAAGGGGGUCUCCACUGCUGUUCUGCAAGGCAAGAUUUUGUUCAGUGUUGCUGGAUUUUAAAAGUGGUGGGAGGGGAAAAGGCUUAAAAAACAAAAUACAAAUACCAAGAAGUGGGAAGGGGUGGCAAGUUAUAACCCUCCCCGCAAAGAGAACUGUGUCAGGGGUCAGAGAGGGUGGGAAGGGGCACCCCUGGGGGGCCGGUUAGAGGCUUAGCCAGGGGGGCAGUGCUCCCACCAAGCCCCCACCCCUUGUGUACAUGGUGGUGUUCUGUUGCCUGCAUCUUUCAUGUGCUUGGACUGUUCUGUGCAUUAAAUGUGGUCUGAAUUACA